AUGCUCGAUGGACAACAAAACGACAUGCUGGUGGAUAAUGUUCCUCCAUCAUCAUCGGAGGUAGACUUAUUCAAGAGCAUUAGAUUUCCGUUUUUGAAGCAGCUACAAGAAUAUUUUUCGGAUUAUGUUACUGAUGACGAGACUAAGAGUAUUAAAGCCGCUAAUCAAAUACUCACAUGCAUCAAAUUCUCCGAGUGUCUGAUUGAACAGCUGCAACAAGAGGAUGUGGAGUCUAUAUCGGUAGUGAUUGAGAUCAUUAGUAAUAUUUUGGACGUUAAAGGAAAAGAUUUAGUGUCUCAGCUGUUGCUCAGAGAACCGAUGAUGAUACUCUUAGUUGCAGAUUCGUUCCGAUUACUUGCUCAUACUCAUCAAAUUAACGAGAUAUCAAAACAGCUGUUAGACCUUUUGGUUGUUCUUCAAGAAUUUUUGUUUCAACACUUUCCUUCUAUCCACUCAGAAUUUAUCGGGGAUUUAUGUAAAAUGAUUUCUCAGCUCUAUGACAUCAAUUUGUUUUUUUGUCACAACAAUGCUGAGUUAGUUGACACUUCGGGACUAUCAAUAUUAUUUCUACCAACACUAUUUAAGAAAUUUUACAAACAGAUAGAUAGGAUUUGUAUGAUUCCUAUUCCUUUUGAGAAAACUUGUACAGACCUACAAAAAUUUAUACUCUCUUUACUGAAAGUAUCUCUUGAAAAGCAUCCAAUAUUAUUCUCACAGCACAGGCAGAUAUUUACUAUUGCAUGCCAACAAGUUCGAUUUUCAAGCAAUGAGAUCAAAAUAAUGGCAUUGGAGCUAAUCUAUCUUCUUUGCGUAUCACAAAAUUUUGAACCUACUAUUCACAAAUUUCUUAUCAACCUACUUGUAACGAUAUUUAAUGUUGAGUCAAAUUUCCCCUUGUACAGAACCAUGGAAUUUGACGACCUUUUGGCCAAAAUCUUAAAAAACUUUAGACCACAUUUACUCAAUGUUUUGGAGAGCUUUGGUGUGGAACGAAUGGACAUGUUGGGGAUACUAUCAAAAAAUUUAUUUGCAAAUAUUUCUCAAUCAAAAAGUGAUGCUCUUAAAAAAGAAAUUAUUCGCACAAUCUGCUGGUUUAUGGACUACUCUAUCAAUAAUUCCCAUUUUGAGCUUGUCUUUUCACAGUCUCUAGUGAAGGACAUUAAUGAUUGUUUCAAAUAUCAGGCCUACCAUGAUGAACUUGUCCACCUACUACGAAAAAUUCUUUUAAUACACUAUGCUGUCGACGGAACUCCAACUCUUAAAAGAAAAGAAUCACAAAUAGACGCUUCAGAAGAUAGCUCUGCAAAAAAAAGAAAGGGAGAAAAUGGAGAAGAGACUCAAAUCAGUGAAGACCCUACAAACAUCAGCAUAACCUACUCUCCGCAUUCUGCUGAGUUAGGAUCAAGAUUUUUUGUGUUGGAAUACUUAGAACAAAGCGAUCAGUUCUUUGAAACAUUGAAAAGAGCAGUAUCCCAUUUAUCUCACAACGACAUUCACUCUUUGUAUAUACUAAUAAUGAGUAUUGCUCCUUUCAAUCAUAAUAAGGAUAACGUAAUUCUUGGUGAAUUGAUUACCCUUUUUUCCACUCAUUUGAAAAAUACAUUAGAGUAUUCUGAAAAAUGUAUUAGAAUUAUUGACACAUUACUUGAAAACGAAGCACUAAGCGGUGUGUCAAUUGAAAUUGUCAAUGAUAUCACCUCAUUUUCAAUUACUAUGCUUGAACUCUACGCAAAGCAAAUGGAUCAGGAUAUUUUAGACUUGACUGUAAAAAAUUUAAGUAGACUUUCUUCCGUGACAGAUCGUAAGGAGGUAUCGUUGAUUUUGAAGGAAUUACUCGCAAGAGAGGAAAAAUGUAAACGUGCGUUCGUCAAUAACUUACCGUUUAUGAUCAAACUUAAACAGGCCACUUUUGAGGAGGUCCAUUCAUCCAUCAGAGCUUUGUUUAAUGAUGAGUCAAAGAGUUUCCAGGAAUGCAUCUAUAGAAUUUUACCACUCACCAUCGAAGAAUUGAUGAAGAGUGGAUAUAGGCUUGAAAUGUCACACUGGGAUUUUUUCUUACAUGGCCAUAAGUCGUCAAGUACAGAGUCAAGGAAGCUGUCCUUGGACUCUAUUCUUCUUUUUUUUAACUUGAUGACAAAAGAAGACCUUGAAACUUAUGGAAAGCGUUUGGAUUUUUGUUUGUUUGCUUUUGAUGAAAAUGUAGAGAUGGUCUCCUAUGCAGCUUCGAAAUUUUCGAACUGGAUAUAUCCAAACUCUCAUGGAAUUAUUCCGAUAGAUGUCCUUUAUGGAGAAAACUCUAUUUCGCUCCUUGUUAAUAAUAUUAAGGAGUUUCUAAAAGCGCAUGCAUCUACUCACUCAAGAUAUUUAAUUCCUGUGCUUAGGAUGAUAUUUGAAAGCCACAGUACUCACACUGCAUUAAUAUCAGACAUCGCAAAGUUUUUUCUGGAUUUAGCGAUUGAUUUUCAGCAAUGUCCUCACGUUUACAUUGCAGUUAAAAAACUUUCAGCAAAAGAAGAGAUGAGUGUGAUGAAGUUUAUGAAAAACAAAAUCGGAGACGAAUUCUUCAAUAUUUUGUUCCAAAAGUGGGACAGUCCUACGACCUCAUCUUAUUUGCAAGCUGUAGCACCCUCUCUAUUCGAUUUAAAUUUCUCAACAAUAUCGAAAAGGAUAUUGAGAAAAGUUCUUCCUGAAAUUGUUGUUUCCGGAGAAUUACGUUCAAAAUCAACAAAAUUGAUGUCCAUGACGAAUAGCCAAAUAAGAGACUUACUUGUGGAUCACAUGGAGAAGAUUUUAUCUGCUUAUUUGAAAUGUAGUUUUAAUCCCAUCAAAGAACUCGGCAUCUUAACCAAAGAAUGGAGCGUACCAUUAGAGCAUCAUUGGGGUAAAUUUUCUCUUGGAGCUAUUAAGCAUUUAGUUAUGGAACUUGGAUUUAACAAAGAAACAGAUGCUAAAGUUAUUAACUGCAUAAAGCAAUUGGCUGAAAUGCAAAACAAACCGGUACCUUCGGUACUGUCAUCGAGUAUUUCCGGCAUUACCAUUAUGGUUGCAAAAUGCUUCAAGAAAUCCAAUGUUGAAAAACAGAAGAGAAGAGUUUCUAUAAUUCCAAGUUUAUUGAAGCUGUUAGAUAAGGAAAUUAUUGUAUGUCAAAAGGCAUUACUUGAACUUUUUUAUAAUGUGUUGUUUACAUGCUCCUUCAAAGAAGAAAUUUUCCCAGUUUUUGAUGAAUUGACAGCAAAGUUAGAAAAACAUUGUCCAGACACUCUCCUAACCGCUUUUUCUCAUUUAUGCGAGUUAGUGGAUGACUCUAACUUUGGAAAACAGUUGAAAGACAAUCUUGUUCGAAUGUUGACAACUAAAACAGUAGAUCCUACAAAGGUACAAAUACCCAGCUCACCACUACUUUCUGAAUUACAUGACAUAAUUAACAAAGCACUAGGUGGCUCUUUUGAGAAGAGAAUAGAAGCUCUAAUUAAGGGAAUUGAACAAUCUGAAGUAACAAUCAAAAGAAACUCUUUACUUUCUCUAACAAAAGUUCUAAGCGAAAACAAAUCCAAGAUUCAGAAGAUUGUUCUUUCCAUGUUUGACCAAGAAUACAAUAGCUCAAAUAUUAUCAACAGAAUGGUAACAUCACUACUUACUAACUGCAGUCACAUUGACGACAAGAUCAAGACACUUAGUGCCAUUGCUCUUAGUGAGCUUGGAGCCAUAGAUCCCUCUGUAUUGAAUAUUGAAUCCGCAAAUAUUGGUAAUCCGGAAAAAGGUGACGUUGAGCUUUUAGAUUUUUUAAUUAGAUAUAUCGAAAAUUGUCCUGCCACUUCCAACCAUGCAAACUAUGCAAGACAAGAGCUUAUGAAAGUCCUUUUCGAUGCUGAUUCAAAAUAUUUGAAAGAUAACUUUAAGGAUUAUUUGUCUCUAAAAGAGCAAGGUCUUUCUUUGAAACAUCAAAAAGUUCAGCCAAACGUUAAAAAGGCAAACUCACUCCCGAUAUUUAAGGAAAAUAUGCAACAUCAUACUUGGCUAAAAAAUUGGUCGAAGUAUUUAGUUACAAGAUCAGAAACAAGGUCAAUUAGGGGUAGAACUUUUCAAGCUGUAAGACCACUUUUUAACAGCGACAAAGAACUUGUGAAAAUUGUAUUUCCCUAUUUGGUGCACAAUGUUCUAAUGACUGGAACUGACAAAGAUAGAGAGGAUAUCAAGCAAGAAAUUAUGAGCGUAAUUAGCUACGACGUUUCCAAAUCACACAUCGGAGAACAAUAUAGAACAUCUGAGCAUGCACAAACAAUCUUUUGCUUAAUUGACGAUCUCAAACGAUGGUUUGAAUCCAACAAACACUUUUCAGCUUAUUUUAAAGAAAUGGCAAAGAAAGCAGAGACUAUUAUUAAUGACAUUCCACUUGAUUCAUUAGCAUCUACAGCUUACAAUCAUUCUGCAUUUUCCAGAUCAUUAAUGUAUUUUGAAUCAUUCAUUAGGAAAAUGAAUAAGCCCAUCAGUGAACUUCCAUCGGAGGUGUUACAUAAUCUACAACGAAUUUAUUCUGAACUCAAAGAAAGAGAUAGUAUGGCUGGUAUUGCUGCCUUAAGAACUGAGACAAAUAUUAACGAAAGUAUUUUGGACAAAGAAGUAGAAGGUAGAUGGGAAGAAGCUAGAGAUUUGUAUGGAAUCAUGUUAGAACAAAAUUUAGACAAUGUAGACAUUCUAUCUAAUCUGAUGAAAUGCUAUAUUAACUUGUCACAGUAUACGACACUAUUGCACAUUAUUCAAGGAAGCUCGUUAGACAAGAACUCAAAGGCUUCUUUUGCUAUUCAAGCAUAUUGGAGGUUAUGCUCGUGGAGUAGCGUUGAUAGUGUAUUCGAAGACGCUAAUCAAUCUUUUGAAGCGUAUCUUGCAAAAGCACUAUCCUCAUACGUAAGAAAAGAAAAAGAGCAAUUUGAAACGUGCAUACAACUUGCAAGAAAAGAAAUACUUCCAUCUCUAUCUGCAGCAUCCACUGAAAGUUAUCUCAGAUGCUAUCCUGAUAUCAUCAAACUUCAAGCACUUUCAGAAUUGGAGAGAGGUUUCAAAAUUUUCUUGAAUGAUGACGGAAAUAAGAACAUUGCCACUGACAUAAGUGAGUUUGUUGGAAUUUUGGACAAAAAUUUGAAAAUUACGACCAGUUCUUCUGCUAAUAAGGAACUUCUUUUUGCGAUGAGAAGAUGUUUGUUUACAAUUCACAACCUCAACGAUCAAGUUUACAAGACUUGGGUUCACAUAUCAAAACAAGCAAGAAAAGAAAAACAGUAUGGAAUGGCAUUGCAUGCUAUUACUCACGCAAUCAAUUACCAUGUUCCUCAAAAGAAAAUUGAGCAAGCCAAAUUGUUGUAUGAGAUGGGAGAGUCACAAAGUGCUCUUUCUUUACUCUCCACAUUUACUUUUGACACUCCAAAUAUGAGCCUUACACAAACCAAGAGAGAUUCUCUCAUGAAGGCAAAGAUCAAACUCAUGAGUGUCAACUGGGAGAAAGAACACAAGUCAAAAGAUGUGGUUAUUGAAGGAUAUAACCAAGUGAUAAAACUAGAUCGCAAUUGGGAAGAAGGCUACUUUUAUUUAGCAUCCUAUCUUGAUAAUAUUUUUAUUGCUAGAAGAGAGAAAGAGCGAGAUACUCAACAUGUAAAAUCAGAGCUUCCAAUGAUUAUCCAAAAUUAUGGUACUUCAUUGCAAUAUGGUGUGAAAAACAUUUAUAAUUCUCUUCCCCGAUUAAUCACACUCUGGUUAGACUUUUCAGGAGCAGAUGACAAGAAGAAUAGCGUUUAUAAGAAGGUUCAACCCAUUAUUGAUAAGCUGAUUAAUGAUCUGCCUGUAUUUGAAUGGACAAUAGCAAUGCCCCAGCUCGUCUCUAGAAUGGUUAACAAGAAUGACACUAUCACUGAUAGCAUUACCCGCAUUCUCGUAAAAAUUCUGAUAACGUUUCCAGAAGAAAGUAUUUGGAGUAUUGGAUGUAAAAGUGAUCACAAAGAGCGACAAAAUGUCAUCGAUAAUAUUAUUGAAACGGCUAAAAAUCAAAUUGCAAGCUCUGAUAGUCCUACUACCAAAGUAGUCAAGAGCAUCCUAGAUCAACAAGAAUCUACAUUGGAAGGGUUAAGGCAAAUGUGUAUGGUUUUUUUUGGAAAUAAUGGAAAAUAUUCUUUGAGCUCAGCUGCAAAAAAGAAAGGAAGCGAAACCAAAAUUUUGAUCAAAGUGAAUGGUAGAAACGAAGAAAAAUUGCAACCACUUCCACAAUUAGCCAAACUUAUUAACAAGCCCAGUACCAAUUUUAUAGUACCACUUCAACGUCUCACUACUGUUGAAUUGCAAAAAGCAAACCUAUUUACUGAAGAUGGAGAACUUAAAUCAGACUAUUCACCUUACUCGUCUUCAAAAGUUUAUAUAACAAGCUUUAAAGAUGAAGUUAGCAUAAUGACAUCUAUGCAGAAACCGAAAAAGAUUGGAAUUUAUGGAAAUGAUGGUAAUUUAUACAACUUUUUAUUCAAAUCCAACGAUGAUUUGAGAAAGGAUAAUAGAAUGAUGGAUUUCAAUAGUGUUAUUAACAGAUUACUGAAGCGUGACGAAUUGACAAGAAACAAAAGGCUGUAUUUGAGAGUAUUCUCCGUUAUUCCACUUUCAGUCAAUACAGGCCUUGUAGAAUGGGUUGAAAAUACCAAUGUUUUGAGAAAUAUUUUGGACAACGAGAUAAAUAAUAUAGGAUUCACAAACAAUAUUCAAGCCUAUAUUUCCAAUACUUUUUUGAAAGGAACUAAAAGCAAUGCUCAAGAUUUUGCAGAACAAGUUUACAAAACUAUUACUACACAAGUACCUCCAGUGCUUCAUAACUUUUUCCUUCAUCAAUUUCUGGAGCCAAAUCAAUGGUAUCAAUCAAGACUUAACUUUGUUAGAACGACUGCUGUUUGGAGUAUGGUAGGGUAUAUAGUUGGACUUGGAGACAGACAUUGUGAAAACAUUCUUAUUGAUUUGAAAUGUGGUGAUGUUAUUCAUGUUGAUCUAGCAAUGCUUUUCGAGACAGGAAAAUAUUUGGCAAUUCCUGAAAAAGUUCCAUUUAGACUCACCCGAAACGUGGUUGAUGGUAUGGGAGUGACUGGUCAUGAAGGUGUUUUUCGCUUUACUUGCGAAGCUACACUUGAAAUUCUCAGAAAGAAUCACCAGACACUCAUGAAUGUCCUUGACUCAUUCAUUCACGACCCAUUGCUGGAUUGGAAACAAUUAGCACAGAAAAAAGAAGCUGCCAAGAUCAGUCGUUGUGAAGAGGAUAUGGAAGGUAAUUAUAGAAAUAUUGAGAAGAAAUUGAAGGGCUUAAUCGGAGACAACGUACUACCUUUGAGUGUGCAGGGUCAAGUUGAUCAUCUCAUCAAAGAAGCGACCAACGAAGCCAACCUUAUAGGAAUGUUCAUUUGGUGGAUGCCUUACAUGUAA